CAAAUUGGCCUUCAUAUAAAUUGAAGUUCAAUAAAACAUACUUGGAAACUUUGAUUUAAAAAAAAAAAAGGGUUAGCCUCGCGGAAAGAUGAAGAAGUGAAAUUGAAAAUUGAAGUCGGCUGGGUCGCUGGCUACUCUGCUCAAGAGCGGGAAGUUCGUGUUUGUUGAGCGAAAAGAGGAGCCCCCUUCUGGUUUUCUUGGAAUCGGCAAUAUGGGAAGGAAAGGUAAGAGAGGCAGGGAGGAAUUGUUGUUGUCCUGGAGCUUUCCUCCCCAGGGAUGGUACAAGCUCAACGUAGACGGGAGUCGGCGUAACAAAUCUGGGUGCAUUGGAGGAGGAGGUGUUAUUCGGAACGAAAACGGAGAAUGGGUAGCUGGAUUUGCAGCCAAUUUGGGAACAGGCAAAGUUAUUGAGGCAGAGCUUAAGGCCUUGCUCAAAGGCUUGGAACUUGCAUCCAAUUCUGGGUGGUCACUUCUUGAGGUAGAAACUGACUCCAAGUUGGCUGUAAAUCUUUUAUCGAAUGUAGGCGAAUUGUACCAAGAUCACCAUCUGAUUCAGUUUAUUAAAAGCUGCAAUGCUCUGUUUAACCAAAACUUGAGAUGGACACUAAGUCAUGUGUAUAGACAGCAGAACUGUGUAGCUGAUUGUCUAGCCGGUUUGGGGCUUACUUUGGAGGAAGGGGUUACUACAUAUUAUGAUGCACCCCCUACUCCAUGUGAACCGAUUUUAGUUGAGGAUCAGUCUAUGGUAGCUCGAACCAGGUUGAUUUCUCUUCGUAAAUUGAAGAAUCAGAAUGCUGGUAUAUUUAUUCCAAGGUCGUAUAGAUUGAAGAAACAUUAUGUUCGUAGCAUGAAGAAGGUGAAAGUCGAGGAAGGGGAUGAUCUUGAACCUGUGACAUUCACAUGGAAAAUUGAAAACUUCUCUAAGUUGGAUACCGCCUUCAAGCAUUACUCUGAUAUUUUCGUCACCAGCAAUUCUAAAUGGCGGAUCCUUCUGUAUCUGAAGGGGAAUGUUGUUGAUUACUUGUCACCAUAUUUGGAUGUCCCGGAUGCUUCAGAAUUGCCUCAGGGUUGGUCUAGAUGUGCACAUUUCAGCUUGUCUGUGGUUAAUCAACUUCAACCCAGCGAAUCAAUAACAAAGGAUGCUGUACAUGUGUUCAAUGCUUGUGACAGUGACUGUGGCUUCAAAUUUUUAGUUCCUCUCAGUUGGCUUUCUGACCAUGGUAAUGAGUAUCUGGUAAAUGAUACAUGUAUCCUUGAAGCCAAGGUCAUACUUGAUAAGGGUAAAGCUAAGACUUUAGAAGAUAAAAGAACUGUUGGUUCUGCACCCGUGCAACCCUCAGAAGAGGAACUUAAGGAGCAGGGACCUGAUAUGGAUUCUGUAAAAGCUCCAGACUUUUUGACUACAUGCAAGGAACUGAAUUGCGAACAGAUGCCUGCCUGCCAGAAUGCACCAAGUUUUGAAAAAAAUUGCUCGGAGCCUACUAGCCCUUCAUCACUUGAGGAUGUACAUCAGGAACUGAGACCUUCAGAUGGGGAUCUGUAAAGCCUCCAGACUCUUUGGCAGGAUGCAAGGUACGGAGUUGUUAAAAGGUGCUUAUCCUUCUAGGCAUGCUUACUGGGAUGCAUUAAGUUUUCGAGGUGGAUAUACAUAAGGAGCACCUUCUUCUGUAAAAGCUCCAGAUUUUUUGACAUCAUGGAAGAGUGGUCAACAGGUGCAUGCCUAGAAGGAUAAACUGCUGUUUGAACAACUUCACAUUGAUCCUACUGACCCUACCUCAGUCAAGAAAGACAAGGAUGCGAGGCUGUCAGCUCACAGAUUUUUGGGGUUUAGAAAAAAUAAAGAAAACUCUCUCUUCACUCCUAAAUAUAGUUUCUUGGUGGCAUCAUUCUCGAAUUCAAAAUUAAUAGAAGAGAAGUUGCAUGUUUAUGAAUGCGCAUUCAUUGCUUCGGCUCGAUUUUGAAGACCACCAAAGUCAAGGAUAUGACAGAUGAUGCCUGCGAACACCUAACUUUCAUGGGAGGAGCUUAAGAUCUUUUGAUUUGAAUUGGUUUGGUUGGAGCCCUGGUGCUUUGGGUAUGAAGAAGUUUGUGGAAGAAGUUUAGAGACUAAAGGACGAGGUAACUCCUGCAAAGGUGGAUCUUGUGGUAGCAAGAAUAGAUUUGGACGGCAAGGAUAUGGACAAUGAACUAGGCUACCUGAGGAGUUGGCCUUUAUUCACAUGCUGAAGAUUGCAAUUAGUGUUUUAGUUGUUCUAGAACAUGCUUAUGUAAUUAUGCAUGGGAAAGUUUGUAUUCUUCAUAGAUCAGUUAGAAAUUAUCAGCCGGAGAGAUAUACGUUGGCAAAAAAUAUCAUAUAAGUUUCAUUUCGGUUUACAAGGCCUAAAGAAAAAGCAAAGCUCCAUUGAUAUUUCUAGUUGGCAUUGCCCUUCCUCUCUCUACCUCAGCUGCUCUCUGUGUUGAUCCACCUCCUGAUUGUACCCCUUUGCUAGCUGAGGAUCAGAGUGGGUUCGCUUGACCCCAGUUUAUUAUUCCAAGAGCCAUGCAAUACAGGUUUGUUUUAGCACUACUUGUGAACCGAGUUUAGUUGAGGAUCAGUCUAUGGAUUCUCCAACCAGGUUGAUUUCUCUUUGUAUAUUGAAGAAUCAGAAUGCUGGUAUAUUGAUUCCAAAGUUGUAUAGAUUGAAGAAUCGUUAUGUUCGUAUCGUUAUGUUCGUAGCAUGAAGAAGGUGAAAGUUGAGGAAAGGGAUGAUCUUGCACUAUGGAAAAUUGACAACUUCUCUAUGUUGAAGAAUCAGAAUGCUGGUAUAUUGAUUCCGAAGUCGUAUAGAUUGAAGAAUCGUUAUGUUCGUUGCAUGAAGGUGAAAGUUGAGGAAGGGGAUGUGUAUUGAAGAAUCAGAAUGCUGGUCUAUUGAUUCCAAAGUCAUAUAGAUUGAAGAAUCGUUAUGUUCGUAGCAUGAAGAAGGUGAAAGUUGAGGAAGGGGAUGAUCUUCCACUAUGGAAAAUUGACAACUUCUCUAUGUUGGAUACCGCAUCCAAGCAUUACUCUGAUAUUUUCGUCGUUGGCAAUUCUAAAUGGUAAUUUGGAGCAUCUACCACUAGUGACAUGCUUUAAAGUUAUAUACUCCUGAUAUAUGUUAUGGUUUUGGACUUGACCGGUUUGGUUAGGCGGAUCCUUCUGUAUCUCAAGGGGCAUGUUAUUGAUUGCUUGUCACCAUAUUUGGAUGUCCCGGAUGCUUCAGAAUUGACUCAGGGGUGGUCUAGAUGUGCACAAUUCAGCUUGACAGUGGUUAAUCAACUUCAACCCAGCGAAUCAAUAACAAAGGGUACCUUGUUUUCCAUUUUUCCAUGGCACAUUUAUGGUUGUUCCGGUCAUUAUGUGCAAAAUAGUCUAAUUUAUUAAAUGGAACCAGUGAUUCUUGCAUACAGUUAUCGGGGGUUUGGGUUUUGUUCAGUCUGACAGUAGCGGCAUAAGAAUGAGAUCUUGUAUGAUUAUUUGCGUGACUUAUGCAGGGGCAUCCAAAGGACUUACCUGCAUCACAGUCUUCUAGACAUUUCUAUAUUUUCACAACUAACACUUUGUUAUCAAGUGACAGUCUGUUGACCGUAGUCUAUGGAUAUUCGUUGUAGUAAUGAUUUUAGACCUUCUACGUAAUGGCUCGGUGAAGAACGGAAGUUUUUUUUCCUUUGUUCUGGAUCUGAAAAGCUAUAGUUUUGUUUUAUCUUUUGGUCUGCACAAGCGAUUAGAGAGGAACUAGAAUAAUAAAAUUGACUUUCGAAUGUGGGGGAUGUUUCUU